AUGGAGCACGGCGAGUUGGCUAUUCGGUUGCCAGGGCGAUCCGACUCUCCAGUGGACAGCAAGCGUUUUGGCGGCGGAUUCGGACAGACGUUGGUACUCAGACACAAGGAAGUUCAUAACUUUUUUUUCGUCCCCUUCAGGGAACAGCCCAUCUACAGCACGCGGGCCCACGUCUUCCAAAUUGACCCCAACACCAAGAAGAACUGGCUGCCUACCAGCAAGCACGCCGUUACAGUGUCCUACUUCUAUGACAGCACGCGCAAUGUCUACCGCAUCAUCAGCCUGGAUGGAACCAAGGCAAUAAUUAACAGCACCAUCAGCCCCAACAUGACGUUCACAAAGACCUCCCAGAAGUUUGGCCAGUGGGCGGACAGUCGAGCAAACACCGUCUACGGCCUGGGUUUCUCCACCGAGCAUCAUCUGUCCAAGUUUGCGGAGAAGUUUGCAGAAUAUAAAGAAGCAGCGCGACUUGCUAAAGAGAAAAGUCAAGAAAAGAUGGAAAUGGCCACCUCACCCUCGCAGGAGUCUCCAGCCGGGGAGCUCUCAUCACCUUUGACUCCUGUAACUCCGCCCAUGGAAAACAUCAACGGCACAGACGAAAUCUGCGACACGACCCCAAACUCUGACUCCAGACCUGAACCGUCGCAGAACGCGCUGGCCUUCGCUCAUAGCCCAGCGAUGACAAAACACUGGGAAGCUGAGUUGGAGGCGCUAAAGGGGAACAAUGCCAAGCUAACAGCAGCGCUGUUGGAGUCCACUGCCAACGUCAAACAGUGGAAACAACAACUGGCUGCCUACCAGGAAGAGGCCGAGAGACUACACAAACGAGUGACGGAACUCGAAUGCCAGAGCAACCAAAGCCCGGCCAUCAAGUCCCAGAAGACAGAACUCAACCAAACUAUAGAAGAGCUGGAGGCUACCCUGAGGGAAAAAGAAGAGGAAAUGGAAAAGCUGAAAGAAGAAUUGGAAAACAUGAAUGACCUGAUGGAGCAGAAAGACACCCUGGCCCAGAAACUGGAGGAGACGGAGCUCCGCAGUCGGGUGCUGGAGCAGCAGCUGGCGGGGGCCGAGCAGCGAAUGGAGGAAAAUCAAGAGGAGCAGGAGAACUUUAGGAAGAGUCUUCGAACGCUACUGGAGCUGCUGGACGGCAAGAUCUUCGAGCUGACCGAGCUCAGAGACACAUUGGCCCGACUCAUAGAAGAAGCCAGCUAA